AUGAACAUUUUUCCAGGCUCUCGUGAGGAAGUUGAACGCCUGUGGAAAAUUGACCUUGAAAUUUAUAUUGCAUUAGAAAUUUCCGACAUUAGAAUGUCUCGUGCACAUAUGCUCUACGACAACAGACCGUUGGAAUCGAUUCCUGUUACUCCAAUUAGAUGGGAAAAACGUUGGGAACCGGAAGAGUUAUUUCGCUGGCAAAGGUUUGUUUGAUUUAAAGAUUGCAACAUUCCACCUACUCAGCGACAUAUAAUGCAUAGCAUGGCACUCUUUCAGUGGUUGUUUGGAUUUACUCAUAAUAACUUUCCCUUCUGUCUUUCUGUAAAAGGACUGGCGGCAUUAUAGUAGAGGGUAAAGUAUAUGGCCGACUAAGAUUUACCGUAUCAGAUCCCUUCUCGGGUUCUCAGAAGGUAUUUUCUAUUUAAUCACCGUAUCGUUUUGUUAAUGUUUAAUUUUGAUUUCUGCUUCAGCCAUUGGUUGCCAAUAAUGCAUUCGAUAUAUUUUCACAAUGAACUAACUUUUUCUUUGCGAUAUAGUGGCGCUAUGUAGUGCUACAUAUAGAGAUCUCAAAAGCCCUGAAGAGGAAGUUUGAUUCCCUCACCGGGAAGGAAAUUGACCCUAACUAUGGAAAGGACAAGAAAGUUAGCACUGGUUAUCUAAUGUCUUCUUACAGUAAGUUUUUUUUUAUUUUUAAUCGAACUGUUUUGUUUAUUGUAGCUACACAGUUAGAGGUUUGUACAGUUGUUUGUCUCUUCAUCCAAAGACGCUAUCGAUAAUUUUUGUAUUGCGAUCAGGAAUGAUUCUAUGGUAUGCAAUAUGGCACACAAGAAUUGGUUCGUGCUCACUGUGUGUAUAUUGAGGUAUGGAUGCACUUGGGAGGUUUGGAGAGCACAAGAGAAGUGUAAGAGUUGAUUGAGGCAUAACCUACAACUUCCCUUGAGUGCUCUCCAGACUUCUUGAAAAGCUGGUUAACCUGCAGUUGUUUUCAUCAGAAAUUAGUCCACAGUCUUCCCUCCUUACUUUGAUUCUAAAACACUUUAUUUUUCUAAAUUUGAGAAAUUUUUUUUCCAGAGACAUCUGCUUCCACAGAUUCUGAUAAAAUUGAUGCAGCUGAGGCAAAAAGAAUGAUAACAGUGACAGAGUUGACCAGACUGACAGAAAACAAACUUCCAGAGACUGGAAAUGUGAUCAGUCAAGCAUUCUGGUGUGCAGAGGAAGACAUUGAGAAAAUGGAACUACUUCAAGGGGAUCCCGUCAGAUUAAAGACUAAAGGAGAAGGUCCAUUCAUCGGUAAUCUCACUAUUUUACAUUAUUUGCAGAAUGGAUUAUGUUUGGGUUUGUCUUUUUUACUAUUGUUGCUCCCACAACAAUAAAUCACUCGCUGGUCUGCAAGUUACACUUGUCUUCACCAAAAAAAUUUUAUUUUUCAACACAAACUUGCCAAACAACUUCUCCAAACUCACCUAAUCUGGGUGCAUGUGGCCCACAGCAACAUACAUGGCUGUCAGUCAAAACCCAAACAAAGUAUUAACAUGAUAAAUGUAACAUAUGUAAAGCAAAUUACAGUACAAAGUCAUGAAACACUAGAAGCAAGAGGCAUACUACUGUCAUGUUUUUAAUAAACCUGAAGUUGCCUAAUAAUUUUAUUCUCAAGACUUAAUCCAGUUUCUCAGUUCAUCAUAAAGCUCUCAAUGGACUCCUGACUUUUGUAUCUGCUGUUUUGCACAAUUUGGGCAAAGGAUCGUCUAAUGCUUUAAAAUUUAGAUCACUGUCAUUUUGUAUGUAUUCAGUGCAACCAAACUGAAGAUCACUUAAGAAUUUAAGGCAACUGAAAAAAAGUUGUAUAUAGUGACCUUGAAGUUCACAAUCAGAAAUUAGACCCACAAAUACUUUAGAAAUGGUAUAAAGCUUAUCCUUAGCAAUGUCCCCUUUUUUUUUGUUUUUUUCCUUUCAGCAUUGUCACACCAAGUCUUUUAUAACCAAACCAAAUUGGUUUACAAUAUGACAUGGUUACUUAUGACAAAAAUUAAAGUAUUCUCAAUUCUCCUUCCUUGUGACAGAGUUUAUAGUCAAACUCGACAAUGCAGGUAGCGCAACAGCUACAAAUUACACUGGAGGUGAAGGAGCAGGCAGCUCCUGGACAGACAAGGUGAUGUCUUUCAAAGGACAGCAAGAUGUUCCACAAGAUGAAGGAGAUGGUGCUGAGGAUGAUGAGUGGGUGAGUAUCAGAUUGGAAGUUAAGGUUGGAGCCCUAGCUACUUCAUUAUGGUGUGUGUCUUCAGGGAAGACAGGAGUACUAAUGGGGAUUGGUGAUCAAUCUGAAGAGCAGAUUAGAAAUGAAAGGGUUACCUGGUGUGAACUAGUCUCCCUUUAAGAAGGAGUGAUCUUAACCCAAGCAGCUUUAAUGAUUGAGAAUCUUGGGAUGAUCAAAAUUAACCCUUUAACUCCCAGAAGUGAUUAACAUGUAACUUCUCCCUGUAACAUCCAUACAUUAUCCAGCAAACAGGUAGUGAGAAUGCUUAACUUUAUCAGGUACAAGAUAUUACCUUGAUGAACACCAAAUUCUUGUAACCAAUUUACAGGGAAAUGUGUAGCAGCUAGAGGGGAGAAUUAGCCAUCAGAUCUUGGGAGUUAGAGGGUUAAAGGCAGCAGUAGUGGGUCAUGUGACAUGUAGGUACCCCAUUCCCCCCUCCUUCUUCCUCCCCUGAAAAGGAUUGGUGCUAAUGACUGGACUUUUGUCAUCCUUGGAAGUCAUCAUCAGAGUCAAAGUUGUCAGAGUCAAAUGGUGCACGACUUGUUUGUGAAAUACUUAUCAGUUAGUUUUGGCAGUGUUAUUCUUUGUAAGAUUCAAGAACAGCUGUCCCCAGUAGUAGUUGAUCAGUUGUGACUGGAUAGUUCUGAACUUAAGGUAAAAAAUGUAUGGCAGAUCUCAUUGGUUUGUUGAUGAAAUUCUUUUUCACUGUUGAAGUUAUUUAAUUUUUAUGGUAUUAAGCUGCUCCCUUUACUUUUACUAGUCAGUAAAGUUGUGAAAAAGACAAAAGCAUGAAAUAUACAAUUAAACAUUUUGUGUCUUAUACAUUUCAUCUUUCAGGAUGACUGAGUAUUACCGAGAUGGAUCAAUGCUACAUUGUAAGUCAUGUUAGCCAUGAUAGGUUACUACAGUUAUUGCAGGUACUUUCAGCUACCUGCUUUUUUUUGCAUCAGAUGAAGAUAUCAUAGAGAUGAGGUACUUCAAGAAAACCCUAGUGCAAAUUUGUUUAAAGGGUGUUGAUGGUUGGAUGAAACACCAAGAAAAUAAACACUAAACUACUAUUUAAACCCUUUGGAUCGGAUCUAAACCUAAACUUAUCUUGAAAUCCUUCUGAAUGGCUAUGGAACUUGAGAGAACCAUGAAAACACUCUGCUACUGAAUUAUACAACACUUUACAAUAACUACUAAUUACAGAUGAAGCUAUUUUGGCAAAGAAUGUCACUGGGUCGCAUAUGUUAUGCAACAACAACAAAAAUUAUUAUGUAAGUGUCAUUGUUCUAUUUUUUUACAAGUUCUUGAUCACCUUCCUCACAGUCCUUUUUUGUAAUCAAAGUCUUUUAAACACAUGAUGAUGAAACUAGAUGCAUUUUGAAUUCAUUGGUUGUAUUUUACAGAUUUCUGAUUACACUUUUUUUUUGUCAUCAGAUUUCUUACAUUUAACCCUUAGAAUGGUAAGAAAGAAUGUAAUAAGUACAUUGUAUUACUAAGUUAAACACAACAGGAAAAUGAAUAAUUGAAAUCCCAUGAAAUGGGUUUGUAAUGACUGAAACAGAG